AUGUCCGAAGAGGAGUUCGUUGCUCACGAGAAGAGCCUGGUGAAGAAACUCGAUUAUACACUCGUUCCCAUGGUCUGGCUCUUGUAUCUUUUUAACUAUCUCGAUAGAAACAACAUUGCUCAAGCCCGAUUGAGCUCAUUUGAGAAGGAUCUUAGUCUCACUGGAAACCAGUUUAAUGUUGCUGUUUCCGUCCUUAACAUUGGCUAUAUGUUGAUGCAGCUUCCCAGUAAUAUGCUCAUAACUCGUACUCGGCCCGGUAUUUACAUCCCUGCUUGUACAGCCCUGUGGUCGAUCGUCUCAGCCGCCACUGCUGGGGCCAGCAACUAUACCCACCUCCUCGUCAUCCGCUUCUUUCUCGGCAUCGCGGAAGCCCCAUUCUUCCCUGGAGCCAUGUAUCUUCUAUCUUGUUGGUAUCCACGAAAGGAACUAGCAUUGCGCACUGCUGUUUUAUACUCUGGUGUCCUUCUCGCCACAGCAUUCUCUGGGCUCAUUGCUGCCGGCGUGCUCUCGGGCCUAGAGGGGGCAAGGGGCAUUGCCGGUUGGCAGUGGCUGUUCAUCAUCGAAGGAGCGGGCAGUUUUACGGCAGCGCUUUUGGCAUUUGUGCUACUUCCGGACUUUCCGGGACGAAAGUCAGGUGUUUCCAAGUGGUUGCUCACAGACUCUGAGCAAAGGGUCGCUAUUGAGCGCAUCCGAAGAGAUCGAGUUUCUGUGCCAGAGGCAGACACAAGUGUUCGGAACGGGCUGAAACUUGCAGUGAAAGACCCCCGUACUUGGGUGUUCGUGGUUAUGUUAACAGCGAAUCACUCAGCCUACGGUUUCAACAACUUCUUCCCCACCAUCGUCAAGGGCUUCAAGCUUGGAAGCAAUACCUUGACCCUCAUUCUGACGGCGCCGCCGUACCUUCUUGCCACUCUCGUAGCAUUCACAACAGCCUGGUCUUCCGAUCGUCAUAAAGAGCGCGGAUUCCAUAUUUCCGUGCCGCAAGGCGUCGCAUGCGUUGGGUUCAUCAUCUCAGUCUCAACGAUCAACAUAGUCGCUCGUUAUUUUGCCGCAUUUCUUUAUAUCUGUGGAUGCUUUUCUUCCAACGCCAUGGUCUUCUCGUGGGCUAGCUCCACGCUGAACCAGACUCCAGAAAAGAGGGCUUGUGCAACAGCCAUCAUCAAUCUCCUUAGCCAAUUAGGCAACAUCUGGAGUCCCUACUUUUUCCCUUCAAAUGAUGGGCCUCGAUAUGUCAUGGCUAACCUGCUGAUGAUGGCUUCGUCAGCCGUAAGCAUUGUCACAUGCGUAACCAUGAAGAUCAUGCUUACUAGAGCAAACCAUAAGCUCAAGGGAGAGGGCAGAGAUACAAGCCUCUUCACUUUGUAA